AUGGCUCAGCUGUGCGAAUUGUGUACAACAUUCGACGCCUGCAAUGUUCCGGCAAAGCAGUUAUGGUAUAAUGCGAAGUUUCCACAUUAUCCUUCAGGUACCGAGCUUCAUCAGUCGGCAGAGAGAGGCUGCCACCUCUGUCAAUUCAUCGAGGCGGCUUUACUCAGAAGCAACCGGACUCCUGGCGAAACAGGUCUGCCGGACAGGCAGAUAUGGCUUCAAUGUGUGCAGCAAUCGCACAACCACGACACUAACGCCAUUCAGGUCUCCAUCGCGCCAUUGAAUUUACGCUCGGCGGGUUAUAGGGGAUUGAAUACCCACGAUACCGACCACUGUAUAUGGUUACACGCAGAGAAUGCUCCUGAAGAACAACUUGCAAUGCUGGAGGCCAUGUCCAAUGGGCCACUGGGCAAGCUAGGGCCUGUUGCCGGCGUGGUCGUCCACAAUACAGGUCGUAUAUACUUCUGUCGUGGACGGACUUUGCCUUCAGACGUUUUCUAUGCCAUACGACAGCCUUUCUAUCGAGCUAAGUUAGACUGCGUUUUGAUUCCAGACCAUAUAUCCCAAGCACUGGAUACUGGCCCGGAACUUACUGUUCAGGGCGUACUAGAUGAUACCACCGGUUCCUUCGCGAAUUUAUUUCUCAUCAUAGCCUGGCUAAACAGUUGCUUCAGUCUUCACCCCACCUGCCGUCGGUAUGCGGAGGUUGCUGGCCAGCUCCCAUCUCGCGUCCUCGAUGUUGGACAUGUCAAUAGUGAGGCUGUGCACCUUCAUGUUUCCAAGGCUGGAGAGAAAGAUCGAUACAUAGCAUUGAGCCAUCGGUGGGGCAGGACCAAUCCCUUGACAACCACCACCAAGACUCUACCCGAUAGAGUAGCCGGUAUUCCCUUGACUUCACUGUCGCCAACGUUUCGUGAAGCAAUCUACCUGGCACGAAUGCUUGAUGUCAAAUACCUAUGGAUUGACUCACUGUGCAUUCUCCAAGACUCGCUGGAUGAUUGGAAAGAACAAGCUGCACUCAUGGGCACGAUAUAUCGCCAAGCUUUCGUGACCAUUGCCGCAACUGACACCGAGGAUGCGACGUCGGGCUUGUUCUUUCCCCGGAGUGCAAACAAAAUAAAGCCAUGCAAACUCCACUUACCGCUGAGGAAAGACAUGUUUGCUGGCGAAUCAGGACCUCUGUAUGCGGCAAGCCCUCACCUUCGGCGUGGCGAGGAUAUUGGCCGCAUCAGAGGCCCGUUAGACACUCGUGCGUGGGUCUUGCAGGAGCAGAUUCUGUCGGGCAGGGUGUUGAACUUUACCAAGGAUCAGGUCUACUUCGAGUGCCUGAGUACAGAGGCUAGUGAGGCUCUGCCCUAUACUGUGGAGAAUGCCAUGGACGACGAUUUUCACUACGUCUCGACACUCAAACAUGGCAUAGGCGAUCUGCUACCGCACGACAAACCAGAAGCCAGCAAGUACUUGCAUCGGGCAUGGUAUCUCAUGGUGGAAGACUACUCACGUCGGCAGCUGACCGUGCCAACCGACAAGUGGGUCGCAAUGCUCGGUAUCGUCACGGAACUGCAACGAGCUACAGAAGAUGUCUGCUCAUUCGGGCUGUGGUACCGUUGGCUGGCCCAUGACCUAUUAUGGGCUGUAUACAGCGCCAGCUAUCCUAUGACCAGCCUUCAGCAGGAAGAAUUGAUUACUCCCGGGCCAACUGGCAAGCGGGACACAUCCCUGUCGGUGCCUUCCUGGUCCUGGCUACAGAUCGACGGCCACAUCAAAUAUCUGCCCGACGGGUUCAACGACGUCUUGCAAGAUCAAGUCCUGGUGCAGGAAAUGGAGCUCCAAGACGCCGAGACAACAGCGCCUCCCAGCAUCGACCACGAGAAUCUUCCUCGCCUUCGCAUCCGAGGACCCCUUAAGCCCGGCAUCCCUGCUCUGUUCGCCGCUGAUGCAAAUGAAGACAUCUCUGAGGGCUCAGGGCAAAUUGCUGGGAUAGGGAAUACUGGUUGCCGGGCAACACCAACAUCUCAACACGAGUACCCUCACGUGGCCGAACCGGACUUUCUGUCGGCUGCGCUAGACUCGACAGAUGAUCGUGCCACACGCACGUGGCAAAUCGCCAGCGACUUGGAAGAGGAAAUCUACGGGCCCAAACCGAUGAUGGACGAAGACGAGCCCAUAAUCGGCGUCAUAUCUCAGAAUAGACUGAGCGGUGUCAUUCACAACCAUAUUCUCACCACCAGACCUGACGCAGACCGUCGGAUGACGGAGCUGUAUGCGCAAGGUUCCGGGUCGGACGAGCUACGUGGCACUUUUCUUAAUGGCAAAGCUAACAAAUAUGUUGUUGCAUCAAUGGUCGAGAAGACGCCGAUCGGUUUCUGGUCACCGGACAUUGAUGGCGAGCUCCCAGCGGCAAGGCUCGACGAGCUGGCGACUCUUUCUGAUGAGGAGCUUGUUGGAACGGGGGUAGAGGCAAUGCUAGCGAACGUAUGGCGGCGUGUCGGUAUGGCCUGGAUACUCGAGGAGGCCUGGGAUCAGGCCGGGGGCAUGGAGGCAGAGGUCACGCUGAUCUGA